AUCUGAUACCCUCUCUUUCUCUUUCUUCUUAUUCUUUUUUUCUUUUCUUUUCUUUUCUGUUUUUUUUUUCCAUAUCGUAUAGCUACACUUUUUAGAACCUCUUCACUCCAAAUCUGAGUUCUUAACUUCCUCUUAUUACACCCCACUUAGAUUUCAUCCCAACCCAGUUAAUCUUUGAAUCAGUGUGUCAACAAUAUCUUACAAACCUUAUGAGGAAGUUAUAUUAUGCUAUCUAAUUUAAAAUAUUGGGGUUGCUAGUUUAAGUUGUGUUUUGGAUGGUGAAUUUGGUGCUUCUGAAACAAGACCUAUGCUGUGAUCAGUUUUAGUUCAUAACUGAGCAGUAAGAAGAAGUAUAUGCUGUUUUGUAUUACUUUCAACUGAUAAAUGUCGAGGGGAAGAUCUGAUGGAUCACAAAAGAAGCGCUUAAUUGCUUCCGUUUGUGUUGUGGCAAUCUUUCUUGGUUUUUUAUAUGUGUACAAUGGAUCCAUCUUUGGUUCUCAAAAUAGUGGUUCUUCUGCACUUGAAUAUGGCAGCAAAUCAUUGAGAAGACUUGGGGUAUCAUAUCUGGGUUCAGAUGAUGAUGCAGAUGGCAAGCAAGAUGAAUCUUCAUCAAGUUUAUUGCAGGGAGAUGGGGAGGAUGAUAUUGUACCAAAGAGUUACCCAGUUUGUGAUGAUCGUCAUUCAGAGUUGAUUCCCUGCUUAGAUAGACAUCAUAUCUAUCAAAUGAGACUGAAGCUAGAUCUUUCUCUGAUGGAACACUACGAGAGACAUUGUCCUCCUGCGGAAAGGCGGUUCAAUUGCUUGAUUCCUCCUCCACCAGGAUACAAGGUUCCUAUUAAGUGGCCACAGAGCAGAGAUGAGGUGUGGAAAGCAAAUAUACCACAUACUCACCUUGCACAUGAGAAGUCUGACCAGAACUGGAUGGUUGUAAAAGGUCAAAAGAUAGUGUUUCCUGGAGGAGGGACUCAUUUUCACUAUGGAGCUGAUAAAUACAUUGCAUCAAUUGCAAAGAUGCUCAACUUUUCAGACAAUAAUCUUAAUAAUGAAGGAAACCUGCGGACAGUGCUUGAUGUUGGCUGUGGUGUUGCGAGUUUUGGAGCUUAUCUUCUUAAGUCCGAUAUCAUUGCAAUGUCCUUGGCACCCAAUGAUGUGCAUCAAAAUCAAAUUCAAUUUGCUCUAGAAAGAGGAAUUCCUGCAUAUCUUGGUGUCUUAGGAACUAAGAGACUCCCUUACCCGAGUAGAUCAUUUGAACUUGCACACUGUUCCCGUUGUCGAAUUGAUUGGCUUCAAAGAGAUGGAAUACUACUCCUUGAGCUAGACCGGUUACUUAGGCCAGGAGGUUAUUUUGCAUACUCAUCUCCAGAAGCAUAUGCUCAGGAUGAAGAGGAUCUAAGGAUAUGGAGAGAAAUGAGUGCCCUUGUGGGACGUAUGUGUUGGAGAAUUGCUGUAAAGAGGGACCAAACUGUUGUCUGGCAAAAACCUCUGUCAAAUGAAUGUUAUAUGGAAAGAGAACCCGGUACUCGCCCUCCUCUUUGCCAGUCUGAUGAUGAUCCAGAUGCAGUUUGGGGAGUGAACAUGGAAGCUUGCAUAACACCUUACUCUGACCAUGACAACAGAGCAAAGGGUAGUGAAUUAGCUCCAUGGCCUGCAAGAUUGACCAGUCCUCCUCCUAGAUUAGCUGACUUCGGCUAUUCAAGUGAAAUGUUUGAAAAGGACACGGAACUAUGGCAAAGAAGAGUUGAGAAUUACUGGAAUCUCUUGAGUCCAAAAAUCACAUCAAACACGCUGAGGAAUGUGAUGGAUAUGAAAGCAAACAUGGGUUCAUUUGCAGCUGCUCUUAGAGACAAGGAUGUUUGGGUGAUGAAUGUUGUAACUCAUGAUGGACCAAACACACUUAAGCUUAUAUAUGACAGAGGCCUCAUAGGGACUACCCAUGACUGGUGUGAAGCAUUUUCAACAUACCCCAGAACUUAUGAUUUACUCCAUGCAUGGAGUGUCAUUUCUGACCUAGAAAAGAAAGAGUGUAGUCCAGAGGAUCUGUUAAUUGAGAUGGAUCGUAUGCUUAGGCCUACUGGUUUCAUAAUCAUAAGGGAUAAACAACAUGUGAUUGAUUUCAUAAAGAAGUACCUAACAGCAUUGCACUGGGAAGCAGUUGCAACUGCAGAUUCUAGUUCUGACUCUGACCAGGUUGGCAAUGAAGUUAUUUUUAUUAUCCAGAAGAAAUUGUGGCUCACUACUGAAAGCUUUAGGGAUACAGAAUAGAACAACCACAACCAUAUGGUUUUUUUUUAUUCUUAUUUUUCAUUUCCACUCUUUUAUAUUCUCUGCUGCUACAAGGGGUCAAAAGCAUGCCCCAAGUGUUGGAAGCAGUGAACAACUUCAUUUUGUAGCCUUACAUAAUGUUUACAUUGUUGAUUUCCUUCAAUUUGAUUCUCAUUUCAUUUUCAUUUAUGUGAUAAUGUUGCAAGUUAUUAAGCCAUAGGCAUUAUGCUUUUUAUAGGCUAUUCAUUAUUUUGCCCUUCAUUUGGGUAUAAUGUAAGCUACUUA